AUGUCAGCGGUAAAAAGGGCACAGCAAUGGGCUACCUUCGCUCGUACAUGGCAUAUUUUUGAUUGUAAAUGGCAAGAUCCGUACGAAUCGGCUAACGUUAUUAAAAAAUAUUUGAUGGGCUUACACAAGCCUAUAUAUCAUCCCAUGAAUGAUUGUGGUGACGUAGUUGUGUGUAUCAACAGCCGAGAGAUUGCAUUACGAGGUGAUGAAUGGAGACAACGAGCAUACUUCCAUCACACGGGAUAUCCAGGAGGUGCUACAUGGACAUUAGCUUGGGAAUUGCACAAUAAAGAUCCAACUAUGAUUAUCAAAAAAGCUGUCUACAGAGCCAUGAAAGGAAACCUUCAAAGGCGACAUACAAUGGAGCGAUUGUUUAUUUACCCUGGAGAGGUCAUACCCGAAGAAGUAAAACAAAACAUAACGAAUCAAAUUCGCCAAAUUCGCUUAGUGCCAACUAGACUCGAUCAUAUACCAGAGGAGGAGGUCCAAAAAUAUCCAAAGGUCAUGGAUUAUCCAGAAGAUUAUGUUCUUAAAUAG